AAAUAAAUAAGCCUAAAAAAACCAAAAAAGAGAGAGAGAAAUCACUUUACCACUUUUAUAUGCUGCACGCAUCCAUCCACAGCAGAAAACACAAGGAAGACAAGAGAAAGAAAAGCUUUUCUCUUUUUGUACUGUGCACAUCACAACUCUCAUAAACAACAAACAAACAUCAGUUUUUCAAACCAUUACAUAUUUUUACAUUACACAACAAGUGAUUUAUAUAGAGAGAGACACACACAAACAACAUAGGUGUUGUUUUUGUUUUGUUUGUGUGUGUGUGAGAGAGAGAAACAAAGAAGCUGUGGAAGUGUAAAAGAAGAAGAUGAAGAACAAGAAUGAAUGAGUGAGGUGAAAGAUGAAGGCUAUGCCCUUACCUUUUGAAGAACACAUAGGAAAAGGGGUGUUGGAUUUUGGUUCAAGUGUUGGUAGUGUUGUUUCAGAUUCGUUCUUAUUUCAACAACAGCAACAACAGUUUCUACAAAGGUGGAGGGAAAAUUGUUGCUAUGCGGGCAUUGAGCCCAAUUCUGUUGAUGUUUUUGACCUCAAAAAACCAAAUCCAGAAGCCACUCCUACUUCAUCCUCAACGCUGUCUUCCUCACACGGCAGCGCCGCCGGAGGCGCUUCAGCCGAUAGCAACAACAAGAACAUACCUGAAGUUGAAGGAAAAAGAUGUGGAAUGGAAGAUUGGGAGAGUGUGUUGUCUGAAUCACCAAGUCAAGAUCAAGAUCAUUCAAUUUUGAAAUUGAUUAUGGAAGAUAUUGAAGAUGCAUCUAUGGGAUUAAGCAAGCUUUUACAAGUUGGGACUAGUAAUUCUCAUUCUCAUUCUCAGCAAGAUGUUGAAUUCAAUGGUUUUAGUUUUAUGGAUCAACAAAGUUCUGUACUUGAUCCUAUUUCUUCAAAUGUUAACAACAACAACUUUGUAACUAGCAUUGAUUCUUCGUCGGUUGUUGCUUCUACGGCUACUGAGAUUUGUUCUGAUUUCCCUUUUGGUAGAGUGAUGAAUCAAAUUCAAAACCCUAUUUUCAAUUCUUCACUCUCUCAUAGUGGUUUGUUUCAUCAUCAACAACAACCAAUUGAGUCUCUUGAUGAGAAGCUACCUCAAUUUGUUAUGAACCAAAGCCAAACUCAGUUUAUGCCUAACCCUAGUUUGGUUUUUCCUUUCACAUAUUCUCAGCUGCAAGAGAAUCAAGAGAUUCAUCCUCAGCCACCGGCGAAAAGACUCAAUUGCGGAAAUAAUUAUGAAAUUCCGAAGAUGCCAUUUUUGGAUUCUGGUCAAGAGAUGUUUCUUAGGCGGCAGCAACAUCAACAACAGCAUCAUCAUCAGCAGCAGCUUCAACUACUUCCACACCAUCUGCAGCAGAGGCCAAUGGCGCCGAAGCAGAAAAUGGGGAACCCUGGAAGCGGCGGCGGCGAAGAUGCGGCAGGGAACAAUCAGUUCCAGCAAGCUAUAAUUGAUCAGCUUUUCAAGGCUGCAGAACUUAUAGAAGCCGGUAAUCCGGAACUCGCGCACGGGAUAUUGGCGCGGCUCAAUCACCAAAUUUCUCCCAUUGGGAAGCCUUUUCAAAGGGCUGCUUUCUAUUUCAAGGAGGCAUUACAAUUGCUUCUUCAAUCGAAUGUCAACAGCAACAACAACAACAGCUUUUCGCCUACGGGGCUAUUGCUCAAGAUUGGUGCUUAUAAAUCAUUCUCAGAAAUCUCACCGGUUCUGCAGUUUGCUAAUUUCACUUCCAACCAAGCAUUGCUUGAAGCUGUGGAAGGUUUCGAUCAAAUUCACAUAGUAGAUUUUGAUAUCGGUUUCGGUGGACAAUGGUCUUCUUUUAUGCAGGAGUUAGCACUCAGGAACGGCGGUGCACCUUCACUUAAGAUCACUGCAUUUGUUUCACCCUCUCACCACGACGAAAUCGAGCUUAGUUUCACUCACGAGAAUCUGAAACAAUAUGCUGGUGAAAUUAACAUGUCCUUUGAGCUUGAGAUUCUGACACUCGACUCUCUGAAUUCUGUAUCAUGGCCGCAGCCACUUCGCGACUGCGAAGCAGUUGUUGUUAACUUGCCUAUUUGCUCUUUCUCAAAUUACCCUUCGUACCUUCCUUUGGUGCUUCGAUUCAUGAAGCAGCUCAUGCCAAAAAUUGUGGUUACGUUGGAUAGGAGUUGCGAUCGAACCGACGCACCGUUUCCUCAGCAUAUGAUUCUCGCUAUCCAGUCUUAUUCGGGUUUGCUCGAGUCACUUGACGCUGUCAGUGUUAACGUUCACCCAGAUGUACUUCAAAUGAUCGAGAAAUACUAUCUUCAACCAGCCAUUGAGAAGCUUGUUUUGGGCCGUCUGCGUUCACAGGACCAAACACUUCCUUGGAAAAAUCUUCUCUUGUCGUCGGGGUUCUCACCAUUGACGUUUAGUAACUUUACCGAGUCACAAGCCGAGUGUUUGGUGCAGAGGAUUCCCGGCAGGGGAUUCCACGUCGAGAAGAAGCAGAAUUCACUCGUGUUAUGCUGGCAAAGGAAGGAUCUCAUCUCGAUUUCAACUUGGAGAUGCUGAGAAUCGGAAGAACAAUGCUGCUUGCACCUUUGAAGCUGCAAUUAGGUUUUUAAAAUGAAAAGGUGCUUCAUAACUUUACUACUACUGUGUUGAUUGAUCCUUUUCCUUAAUUUGCCUUGGCUUUAUGAUUCAAUGCUAAUUUGUCUAUGUUUAGGAUUUGUUAUUUCCACUAAUGAUGGAAGUAAACGUAUUAUGUCUUUAAUUAGCAACUGAAUGGCAAUUUAUGAGCUCUUUUAUGUGUA